AUGGCCGGCCCAUCUUCACCUCUCAUCACCCCCUCCUCACCCACGCUAUCCAUCCGCACUACCGCUGGCCGGCAAGUGGGGCAUCAUCGCCGUCACUCCAGCUCCAUCCUGGCGUCCAUCCUUCAAACCGCCACUGCGGUCUUCACUUCCCCAACGUCCCCCUCCACAGGCGUUUUCUUCGAUGAAGAAGCCAAGCUUGGCGAGUCGUCAAGCAGCGGUAUGGUGGAUAAGGAUAUCAAGCGGGUGGAGCUCAAGAUAGGGGGAAUGACUUGCGGCGCAUGUGUAGCAGCCAUCGAAUCCCAGCUCAUGCAGCCCGGUAUAGCCUCGGUCCAGAUAUCACUGCUCGCUGAGCGAGGAGUGGUGGAAUAUGACGCGGAUUGGCAGGACGCCAAGGGAGUCAAAUGGGAUGAGGCGCGGAUAGCGGAGGAGGUGGAGGACAUUGGAUUCGAGGCGACAGUGGUGGAAGUGAGCGAGAUCCAGGAUGUUGAGCUACGUGUAUACGGUCUCGCGGAUGAUGGCUUGGUGGAUUCCAUCAUAUCGACCAUUACCUCUCUCCCGGGCGUACAAGCCGCCACUCUACCUUUCCCCCAUACCCACCUCUCCUUGCGGCAUGCUCCAGCCCUCACCUCACUCCGGAGUAUCAUCGACGACCUCGCCCAGGCCUUCCCUCAGCUCUCCUUCCUUCCCACCUCAUCCGACAACUCGGACCAGCUCGCGUCGCUGCAGAAGCACCGAGAAACGGCACUCUGGCGCCGGAUGAUGAUCCUGUCGGCGUCCUUCGCUAUCCCAGUCUUCGUCAUCAGCAUGCUGGCGAUGUACAUGCCGAUGUGGCUGAUGGGCUGGACGAUGUGGCGGGUGUAUACGGGGAUCUAUUUGGGCGAUUUGGCGUGUCUGGCAUUGACUAUACCGGUGCAGUGUUUCUUGGCGAGACGGUUCUAUGCCAACGCGUGGAAGGCGGUCAAGCACAAGGCUGCGACAAUGGAUGUCCUCGUUGUCCUCGGAACGACCGCCGCCUUCACUUACUCGGUCCUCGGCAUGCUUUUCGCCAUGUUCUCGUCCGACGUCGACUUCCGCCCACAGACCUUCUUCGACACAUCUACAAUGCUCAUCACGUUCGUCUCGAUGGGCCGAUAUAUCGAGAAUCUCGCCAAAGGGAAGACCUCGGCGGCAUUGACCGAUCUUAUGUCCCUCACCCCCGGCUCGGCUACCAUUUUUGUCGAUCCCGUUGCCAAGGACGGCGCCCAGGACACAUCCACGGCUACUCGUAAGAUCCCAACGGAGCUCGUACAGGUCAAUGACAUCGUCUUGGUCGUUCCUGGAGAGCGGAUCCCAGCGGACGGAACUGUCCUGACCGGCUCUACCAGCGUGGACGAGUCGAUGGUGACCGGUGAGGCCCUGUCGGUACCCAAAGUCGUUGACUCGCAAGUCAUCGGCGGAACGGUGAACGGCCUCGGAACCAUUAACUUUCGCGUCACGCGUGCUGGCGCCGAUACCGCCCUUUCUCAAAUCGUCAAGCUGGUCGAGGACGCCCAGACCAGCAAGGCGCCUAUCCAGCAAUUUGCGGACCGCGUUGCGGGCGUCUUUGUCCCCGCCGUCAUCACCCUCUCGCUCGUUACAUUCUUCUCCUGGAUGAUCAUAUCACACCUCCUCUCGGACCUUCCGGAUGUUUUCCACUCUCCCGGCGUAUCGAAAUUCGGCGUCUGCUUAAAGCUGUGCAUCUCGGUCGUCGUCGUUGCGUGCCCGUGUGCACUGGGUCUCAGCACCCCUACGGCGGUAAUGGUCGGGACAGGCGUCGGCGCUCAGAAUGGGAUAUUGAUCAAGGGCGGGAAAGCGCUCGAGGCGUGUCGCGGGAUUAGGCGGGUGGUGCUGGACAAGACGGGAACGAUAACGGAGGGAAAGAUGAAGGUGGUCGCUGUGUCCUGGGCGGCAGUCGGGGAUCUGCCGCCUCGCGAGGAGGCGUUCGAGGUGGAUAACGUGUCCACUUUGUCCCGAUCAACGGCUGCGUCGCCGCUCCAGCGUCACACGGUACUCUCCCUCCUCGCCUUGGCAGAAUCCCGCUCGGAACACCCGCUCGCCAUCGCUGUCGCGUCAUAUGGCAAGGACACCCUCAUCCAGUCCCGCUUCACCGCUCCCACCGGGGAAGUCACGGACUUCGAGUCGGUCCCUGGCGAGGGCAUCGAGGCGGUUGUUCGCCUCUCCAACGCAAAAAUAGAAGAACGGGUCCGGAUCGGAAAACUUGACUACGUCUCUCGUUCGGACGAGAAAUCCUCCGAGGCAUUCGGUCCGGCCUUUCCCUCGGCCUCUCUGAAAGCUUUCGAGCUCUCGCAGAUGAAGGCGGGCCGAACGGUCGUCUACGCCUCGGUCGUACGGAACGGUACUGCCAUUCCUCUCCUCGCCCUGGCACUCGCGGACGCGCCCAAACCUUCGUCUGCCCAUGCCAUUGAAUCUCUUCUCCGGAUGGGUAUCCAAGUCUCCCUCCUCACUGGCGAUUCGGAGAUUACUGCUCGGGCCAUAGCGCAGCAAGUCGGUAUCGACGAGGACGAAGUCUACGCCGGUGUCUCCCCACGCGGAAAAGCCAAGAUCGUCCGGGACCUCAUGGCACGGGACGGCGAGCGUGGCGUCGCCAUGGUUGGCGAUGGUAUUAAUGACUCGCCCGCCCUCGUCGCUGCCUCGCUCGGUAUUGCCCUCUCAUCCGGCACGUCGGUCGCGAUCGAAGCGGCGGAUCUGGUGCUCAUGCGCUCGGACCUUCUGGACGUCGUCGCGGCGCUGGAUCUGGGGAGGACGAUAUACCGCCAGAUCAGGAUCAACUUGCUCUGGGCAUGUUGCUACAAUAUCCUCAUGAUACCGCUGGCGAUGGGUGUACUUCUGCCUUGGGGUAUACAUCUGCACCCCAUGAUGGCAGCGGCAGCGAUGGCGUUCUCGAGUGUCAGUGUAGUGGCUAGUAGUCUGACAUUGAAGUGGUGGCGCAGACCCAAAUCAUCCAUCAUGCCAGGCGACCCCUUCACACCCGGCGGCCUAUCAGCCGGUAUCCCCUCCCUCUUCUCUUCUGCUCGCGACGCAGCUCAUACUACCUUCCGCUCAUUCGCAGGCGUCGGCGAGGCUAUCCAGCGGCGGUCUAGCACUAUGCCACUCUUACGGAGGUUGAGUCUACGGAGGAGAUCGCAGGCGGCAGCGGGGGCAGGGGCGGGCGAGUAUGAGGCUAUACCGAUGGAUAGGAGCCGGACGCCCAUGUUGCCGAUAUAG